CAUAAAGGAAUUCUGUCCCCAGGGUGGGGGAAGGGCCAGGCAGGUAGCUGGAGGCAAGUCUCCCAGAGCCAGCUGCUGACCCUAGUCCCUGCGAUCUGGGGAGGUACCUGGUGAAGGGCCGCAGUGUGCACUGGUGAAAGGGCAGGAGGAGGGGUGUGGCCCUUGGGCAUAAGGGGAGGCGCCAGAGAAGGUGGCCAGAGGUGGCCUGUGCUCAGCCUAUCUGGGCCCUGGCACAGGCACCCAAGAGUGAGGUGGGGUCACAGGGACGGCCAAAUAAUGAGGAGCCGUGGCUGCUGGGGGCCCUGCUUCCUGCUCUUCCUGCUGCUGCUUCCUCCACCACUUUUUAGAGCAGGAAGCCUUCGGUACCAUGGACCUGGCUGGAGAAUGUUUCAACGCUUGGCCCUGGGCUCCAGGAGGGCCCACCACCGCCGUGGCCCAGGAUGGAGGCAGCACUUGCGCCAGGGGCAAGCAGGUCACAGAUGCCAGGGCUCAUUUGACCUCUACUUCAUCUUGGACAAGUCUGGCAGCGUGAACAACAACUGGAUUGACCUUUAUAUGUGGGUGGAGGAAACAGUGGCGAGGUUCCAAAGCUCAGAUAUUCGGAUGUGCUUCAUCACCUACUCCACAGAUGGCCAGACUGUCUUGCCACUCACCUCAGACAAGAAUAGAAUAAAAAAUGGUCUUGACCAGCUUCGGAAAAUUGUACCUGAGGGACACACAUUCAUGCAGGCAGGAUUUAGAAAGGCAAUUCAAGAGAUUGAAACGUUCAACUCCGGAAACAAGGUUCCCAGCAUGAUUAUUGCUAUGACUGAUGGAGAGCUGGUGGCACAUGCAUUUCAGGACACUCUCAGAGAAGCUCAAAAAGCUCGGAAACUGGGGGCCAACGUUUACACCGUGGGUGUGGCCGAUUAUAAGCUGGACCAGAUAACAGCAAUUGCAGACAGCCCGGAGCACGUGUUUGCAGUGGAGAAUGGCUUCAAGGCCAUGAGAGACACCGUUGAUGCUCUCACAUCAAAGGUCUGUCUUGACGUGACAUCGGUGGAGCCUCCCACUGUGUGUGUAGGAGAACCCUACCAUGUGGUUGUUCAUGGAAAUGGCUUUCAGAAUCUAAAGAAACAGGAUGAAGUUAUUUGCAGAUUUAUCUUCAAUGAAAGCACUAUCAUUGAUGAAAAGCCAACCAGUAUCGACAAUAAUUCCAUGAAUUGCCCUGGGCCAAAACUAGAAAAACCUGGAGAGGAGUACUUUAUUGAAGUCAGCUUGAACAAUGGCAAAACAUUCUUCAAGAGCAAUGUCAGCGUCACCAGCAGCACAUGUGGCAUUUUCAGCAACUGGCUCUAUUUUUUGCUGCCUCUGCUGCUUCUGCCACUACUGCUGUGUUGUCUCUGGCGGCUGUGCCGCAAGAAGACUGUCAAGGAGCCACCACCUGUGCAGAAGCCAGAAAAGGAGCCAGAGCAGGAGAAACCACCACCUCCACCACCACCAUCACCACCACCGCCUCUGCCUCCACCACCUCCGCCCCCACCUCUGCCCCCAGCUCCUGUAAACACCUGCCCCACCGUGAUUGUUUGUUGCUGUGCAUGCCAAGGAGUGUGCGGGAUGAGAGGGAUAGAGGGCAAUCUGGAUACCUUUUGUGACCUUUCUCACCCAAGCUGCUGCCAGGUGCCAUGGAUGUGGUGUCAGCGCAGGGACCAGGGGAGGUACCUCAGCUUAGCUCUUGCACAGUCCCAAUACGCACAGGCUCCCUGCUGUCCAAGAAUCUGCUUUCCACACAGCCAGGAGUCCCUUUCCCUACCACAGGCUCCCUGCCGCCCAAGGAUGUGCCUGAGACACGGCCGGGAGUGCCUCGCCCUCAAACAGGCUCCCUGCAGCCCUAGGAUCUGCCUGAGACACAGCCCGGAGUACUUUUCCCAAGCACAGACUCUGUGCAGCCCAAAGAGCUGCCUUCAACCUGGCCGGCAGUGCCUCCCUGUCACCUGCUCCUCCAGGUGCCACCUCCUCCCUGCUAGGUGCUCGAGGCCUCCCUCCAGGAUCCUGCCGCUGUUGUCCCCACUGCUCAGGCACACUGCAGAACCCCCUCUGUCCCUCCCUCCCUUGGAGCCCAACUUCUAAGGCACCAAAUACCCAAGAUUAACAGGCUUUUGUUGCUGAACUGGACAUAUACAUUGGAGUCUUUUCUUAUGGUCAAAGGAGUUGAAUUCUUGCUGAUCAACGAAAGUGUUUG